GUAGCCUUGAAAGUAGUUUAGCAACGUUCUUCUCCGUUUUCCCUCACAAAUCAGAAUUAGGAAUUGUCACGCUCCAUGGUCUUCGGCGUUUCAUAAAACCCCUCUAACUUCACUUCCCAAUUAUGUAUCAGUUCGACGCCGUAAACAACCGCAGCACCACCGUUACAACCAUAGUACCACCACCACCUACAAGCGUAAGCUUGAUCAAAUAGUUUCCUCUGAAUCCUUGGCUCCUUCCCCUAUCAGAAUGCGAAAAGACCAAACUCUCCCUCCCUCUCCUCCUAUUCCGGUUCAGUUCUUCGUCCGUUUGUUUCCCGGAGGCAAAACGCUAGUUAUCCGAGCGCAUUCUACGGACCCUGUGGAGUUCAUCCACUAUAAAAUCAUGACGAUCACCGGUAUCCCCGCAGUCGAGCAACGGCUAAUUUACAGGGGAAAGCAGCUCCAGCCAGAGCAAACAUUGGCGGACUGUGGCAUCCAAAAGGACGAGAGCAUGCAGCUCGUUGGUCGAUUGCGGAGCGUAGAUCAUCCUCAGGCGCGGCAGCUCAUCAAUGGCUUAAUUUCAUUAAUCUUCGAUAUUUUUAAAAGCAAAAAUCCUUCGAUUCCUUCGGACUCGGACUCGGAUCGUAUAAUAAGGAUGCUUAUAGGGUUUUUAACAAUGACUCCGAAGGAUACUAUUGAAAAAGCCCGCGAACAUAUCAAAAUAUUCAUCUCCUCGUCGGCUCCUACAGCUCUGGUAAUGCUUUAUAUGUCUCCAGAUAGUGCUAACAAAUUUACUGCUGAUAAAUCUGUUCGUUCAUUUAUCAGUUCAUAUAAGAGUAUGUUGCCUAAGCGCAUAUACGUUUUAUGUACUCCUAUAGUGUUACAAUUUUGUAAGCUUCUCAGAGGUGCUGGACUAGAUGAUUCUUUGUAUAAAUUUUGUCGGAGUAGUUUAGGGGAUAUAGCUGAGUCCACUGGUAUCUUGAGGCGCAAGGCUACUGCGGGGUUAUUAGCAUUGAAGGACGAAAUUGUUUCCUCUGAAUCCUUGGUCCCUUCCCCUGUUAGGAUGUUAAAAGACCUAACUCGAGUUCAGUUUUUUGUACGUUUAUUUCCUGGAGGCAAAACGUUAGUUAUCCAAGCUCAUUCUACGGACCUUGUGGAAUCCAUUCACUAUAAAAUCAUGAGGAUCACUGGUAUACCCACAGCAGACCAACGGCUAAUUUACAAGGGAAAGCAGCUCCAGUCAGAGCAAACAUUGGCGAACUGUGGUAUCCAAAAGGACGAGAGCAUGCAACUCGUUGGUCGAAUGCGAAGCACAGAUCAUCCUCAGGCGUGGCAGCUCAUCAAUGACUUAGUUUCACUAAUCUUCGAUAUUUUGAGAAGCAAUUAUCCUUCGGUUCCUUCAGAUUCGGAUCAUAUAAUCAGGAUGCUUAUACAGUUUUUAACUAUGACUCCCGGGGAUAAUAUUGAAAAGGCCUAUGAACACAUCAAAAUAUUCGUCUCUUCAUCCGCUCCUGCAGCUCUGGUAAUGCUUUAUAUGUCUCCAGAUAAUGCUAACAAGUUUACUGCUGAUGAAUCUGUUCGUUCAUUUGUUAAUUCAUUUACGAGUAUGUUGCCUAAGCACAUAUGUGUUGGAUGUGCUCGAAUAGUGUUAGAGUUUUGUAAACUACUGAGAGGGGCUGCCGGGCUUGAUGACCGUUUGUAUAAUUUUUGUCGGAGUAGCUUAGGGGCUAUAGUAGACUCCAUUGGGAACGCAAGGCACACUAAGGAGUUAUUGGCAUUGAAGGAUGUUUUUAUGUUUGUAUGUGAGGUAGUAGUACCUGAGUUAUCCCAUGCUUUAGAAUUGAGUAAGGGAUCAGUUGAGUCUACAGGGGGGUUAUCAGUGAGCAUUGUGCGUGAUUUUACUGAGUAUAUGCUUGCACUAAAGAAAGUAAUACCGUCGCGAAUAUUAUUUGUCACCAGUGAAGCAGUGUGUGUCAGAGAGUGUAUUAAAUGUUUGCAUCGUAUUUUAUAUGAUUUGCUAGACAAGAUGGAGUUGUGUUUAAAGAAAUUAGAAGCCCAGUUGGGAUUGAAAGAGAUAGGAAAAGGCAAACCUAUUGUACCCUGGUGGUCUCUUUAUCUUGUAAUUCUGAAGGAGUUAAACAGCAUUUCAAAGCUGUUUAAGGGCUUGGAGAAGAUCUUUUGGCAGAAGAUGAAGCAAAGAAAGGUUUCACUGUGUUUUUUGAUAGUGGCAUCUGCAAAAAGAUCUAACGAUUAUCGGUGGAUUCUUGAACACAAGGAGGUAACCAAUUUUGAGGUAAGGAGACAUUUCGCAAUGAUGAUGCUUCGAGAAGUUAGAAACGGAAACCAGGCGCUGCAUGAGAUGCUCAUUGACAGGUCCCAGUUGUUGGCAGAAUCAUUCGAGUACAUUAGACAUGCAGAUCCUGCAUUGCUUCGAGGUAGUCUUUUUAUGGAAUUCAAACAUGAAGAAGCUACUGGGCCGGGUGUGUUGAGGGAGUGGUUUUUCUUGGUAUGUCGAGCGAUCUUCAAUUCUCAGAAUGCUCUCUUUGUAGCUUGCCCAAAUGACCGUAGAAGGUUUUUCCCAAAUCCAGCAUCUAAGGUGGACCCAUUGCACCUCGAGUAUUUCUGCUUCUCAGGUAGGAUGAUUGCAUUGGCUUUAAUGCAUAAAAUACAAAUUGGCGUAGUGUUCGAUCGUGUGUUCUUUUUGCAAUUGGCUGGAGAGGAAAUUUCAUUGGAAGACAUUAGGGAUGCAGAUCCAUACAUGUACAGUAGCUGCAAGCAGAUACUGGAGAUGGAUCCUGAGACGGUGGAUCAAGAUAUACUAGGCUUGACAUUUGUUUGUGAAGUUGAAGAGUUAGGGUCCAGGAAAGUGGUCGAGCUUUGUCUCGACGGGAAAGAUACUGUUGUGAACAGUAAGAAUAGGAAGAAGUAUGUUAAUCUUCUUAUUCAACAUUUGUUUGUCACAUCAAUUGCUCAGCAGGUAGCCCAUUUUUCUCAAGGUUUUGCUGAUAUAACUACCUCAAGGCUCCAAACAUCCUUUUUUCGGAGUUUAGAUCUUGAAGAUCUUGACUGGAUGCUUGAUGGGAAUGGAAGUACGGUUUCUGUGGAAGACUGGAAAGCACAUACAGAUUACAAAGGCUACAAAGAAAGUGAUCCCCAGAUAUCCUGGUUCUGGAAGAUAGUUGGGCGUAUGUCUGCUGAGCAGAGAAAGGUGCUCCUUUUCUUCUGGACUUCAAUUAAGCAUCUACCUCUAGAGGGUUUUGGUGGUUUGGCUUCUAGACUUUACAUCUGCAGAACCUCGGAGUCUUAUGAUCACUUACCUUCUGCACACACAUGCUUCUACCACAUACGCUUUCCUCCGUAUCAAUCCAUGGCUGUGAUGCAAGAUCGACUCCGGGUAAUCACCCAAGAGCAUGUUGGUUGCAGCUUUGGUACCUGGUGACAUCUACCAAUUUUGGGAUUGAACUUGCACAUAAUCAGCUUGUACAUGAAGUAGGAUAUACUUACCUAUUUAAAGCUUGAUGUUUAUGGUCUACUUUUGUUUCCCCUCUCUAUAUGGCUGAAGCAUGCAUCACAUACUGACGAGUCUAUGACAAGUUAGAAGAACUAACUGAACUUUGCUUACUUCUUGCUGAAUGCAAGCCCUUUCUUUUUCCUUAUCAACUUUUAUAGAAUAUAGAGGUAUCAGAUCUAACGAUAAGGAAAGAAAUUCCAGU